AUGGGGUGGUUGGAUUCACUAUUUGGAAAUGGACGCAGAUUCAUCAAAAGGAAAGACAGUGAUGCAGGCGAAUCAGGUAAAGCGCUGGAAGAACUAAGAUCUUCUUUGUACAAUGAGCUCCGAACAUCAGAAGGAGCCAAGCGACAACAACAAAGAUAUUGUGGACCAGUGGUCGCAUUAUCGUUCAACUUCAUGGUUGCUGUUGGUAUCAUCAUGGCUAACAAAUUGGUGAUGGGAAGAGUUGGUUUCAACUUCCCGAUUUUCCUCACAUUUGUUCACUAUGUCACCUCAUGGGUUCUGCUUGCAAUUUUCAAAACUAUAUCGGUGCUUCCAGUGUCGCCUCCAUCUAAAUCAACUCCAUUCUCUUCUAUAUUUGCACUUGGUGCUGUUAUGGCUUUUGCAUCCGGUCUUGCGAACACAAGCCUCAAGUAUAACAGUGUUGGUUUCUACCAAAUGGCCAAGAUUGCUGUUACUCCAACAAUUGUUCUAGCAGAGUUCAUAUUUUUUAAGAAAACCAUUUCUUCAAAAAAGGUUUUGGCUUUAGCUGCUGUAUCAGCUGGUGUAGCAGUUGCAACUGUAUCAGAUUUAGAGUUCAAUUUAUUUGGUGCUAUAGUUGCAGUUAUAUGGAUAAUCCCAAGUGCGAUAAAUAAAAUUUUAUGGUCUACUUUACAGCAGCAAGGAAACUGGACAGCUUUGGCAUUGAUGUGGAAGACUACACCUAUCACAGUUUUCUUCCUAGGGGCUUUGAUGCCUUGGAUUGAUCCACCAGGAGUGUUAUCGUUCAAGUGGGAUGUAAACAGCUCGUCUGCAAUUAUGAUAUCCGCUCUUCUUGGUUUUCUCUUACAGUGGUCCGGUGCAUUGGCAUUAGGGGCAACUUCUGCUACAACUCAUGUCGUUUUAGGACAGUUUAAGACCUGUGUCAUUCUGUUGGGAGGUUAUUUGUUAUUCGAUUCUGAUCCGGGGAUUAUUAGCAUUGCCGGAGCGGUUAUUGCUCUCACUGGAAUGUCAGUUUACACAACAUAUAACUUGCAUGAGUCACAGGAAAAUGCAACCAAGCAGCUUCCAAAGCAUAAUGUGCCUACACCAAAACAGAAACCAGCUAAUGAAGAUAACAAAGAUUUGAGUGUAAAUAUUAACAAUAACAUUGUUGUGUGA